AUGAUAUCCCUCAGCGACGAGAAGAAGCCUGCACCUCUUGAAGAGGCCAAUGAAUCCCUCCCCAACCCAGAAGAUGAAGACAUCAUUAUCCACCCCCAACGCACCUCAGACCCCCUAGAUCCGCUGAACUGGUCCUGGAUGCGAAAACACUCCAUCCUAGGGAUUGUGAUGCUCAAAUACUUCCUCUUCACCUACAUCACCACCACCACCGUUCCGUCCUUCCCCGCCAUACAAUCCCAGUUCAACGUCUCCUACGACCAAGUCAACUGGACCGUCGCCAUCCCGGCUCUGGGCCUAUCCGUGGGCCCGCUCCUCUGGUCUUCACUGGCCGAUAUCUACGGCCGACGUAUCAUCUUCAUCGUCGGCACCAUCAUCUCUCUUGUCUCCAGCAUUGGCGCUGCAGUCGCCCAUAACUAUGCUGGGUACAUGUCGGCGAGGUUCUUCCAGGGGUUGGGGGUUAGUCCGGGUUCGACGGUUGGAAUGGCUGUGGUGAAUGAUUUAUUCUUUGAUUAUGAACGAGGUCAGAAACUUGGGCUGUGGGUUCUGGCGCUGGAUUCGGGGUUGCUGUUGGGUCCUACUUUCGGCGGAUUCCUCAACCUCCUCAGCGCCGCCUGGAUCAACUGGUUCACAGUCAUUCUCUUCGGCGUACUCCUCGUACUCGAGAUCCUCUUCAUGACCGAGACACUCUACCCACGGAGUCUACUGCUCACACAAUCCCUUCCUCCCCCUCACUCUCACCCAGAUAUAAAUCCAGAACCACCGCUCUCCCUCGAACCGAAGACCAACCCUCCCUCAUCCUCAUCCUCCUCCCCAUCCCCAAUAACCAACACCACCCCCUCAAUCCGGCGCACCCAAACCCUCCCCCUCCUCAACAUCCACCCCAUCCCAGGCCUCCACCACCCCUCCCCCCUCUCCUCCAUCCACCGCUUCCUCCUCACCUUCCGCCUCCCGGUAAUCAUCCUCGCCGUCACCGGCUACAGCUUCACCUGGUACUGGUGGAUCCUAUCCAUAAUCACCAUGAUGCCCGCCGCCUACGCAUCCUACACGCCGCUAAUCCAAGGCCUGCUCUUCCUCGGCCUGCUACUGGGGACCGUGCUCAGCGAGAUCCUAGUCUCCGGACGUCUGAGCGAUGCGUUGAUGCGGCGUCUCACUCGCAGGAACGCAGGCGUCAGAGUCCCCGAGAUGCGUCUUUGGAUGGUGUAUCCGGCAAUGGUGGCCACGGGGGUUGGGUUAGUUGUUUGGGGGGUGAGUGUGCAGAGGGGGUGGCAUUGGGGGGUUGGGCAGGUGGGGUUGUUUUUGGUCGCCUCCGGAAUCCAAGUCGGAAAUACCAUCACAAGCGCAUACAUCGUCGACUGCUAUCCGCUGCAAUCGUCCAGCGUGGUGGUUUUCUACGCGGUGGUGUUGAAUCUGAGCGCGUUUGUGAAUCCGUUCUUAAUUUCUCCCUGGCAAGCAUCCGCUGGCUGGACGUGGACGUUUACCGCGCAGGCCCUGAUCGUAGUCGGCGCUGGGACGGGGGUGUUCGGGUGUCUGCAUUACUUUGGGGGGUGGAUGCGUGCGAAGACGAAGAUGCCGGGGUGGAGGAAUGCGGAGUUUGAUUCUUAG